AUGGUCCAGGGCGGUAGAGGGCAGCAGGCCCUCUUCGGAACCGUCCGGAGGAAGAGCCUGUUGGGAUUAAGGAGGAGUUUAAGCUUGGACGGGUUAAAUACCCGCCCCGCUGACGCUCCAAGACGAGAUGGGAGAACACGCUGGAACGAAGAGGAAAACAUCCUCCUAUUACGUGUUCAUUACAUCGCAAAGGAAUUGGAACGGAACAAGGGCAUGAAUUAUAGGCAGACCCUCACGAAUGUGUGGAACGAGAUCAAUCCACAUAGACAGUCGUACGCCAACCUUUUGAGCAAUAGAGUAAGAUGGAUGUUUGAUAAUGAGAAGUUCACCGAAAUUGAACUGAACAGCAUAAUGCUCAGCUGUUACCCACGAGGCGCCACACCGAGUUCUGCUGACGAGUCUGCAGAAGACAUCCUAAGUCAACUACCAAGAGAAAGCGCUGUACCUAAAACAAGCAAAUUACAACAAAAGCUACUUGAAAAAUACAUGAUGUAUGCUGGGAUUCCACUUGAAAAGAGGCCUAGAAUACCUAGAAUGAAAGGCUCCAAAAUCAUGCUGAAAAAGGUGCAGGAGGUGAAUGAGAUAAUCCAGCAGAAUUUACCAACCAUCGCAAAAAUAGAGGAGGUAGUAGACCUUGUAUAUGCAGGGGCAAUCACAGUUUGCGUAGAGCUGGGCGUAAAGAUCACGGAUUCUGUUAAACCGAUGAGAAAGGAAACACCACCACCUUGGAAGAAACGUCUGGAAGAGAAGAUAAAAAAUAUUAGGAAAAACAUAGGUAUACUGCACACUUACCUGAACACUGAAACUCCUUCCAGCAGAGUCGGGAAACGAACACGGCAAAUAGCGUCGGAAUUCAAAAUCAAGUCCCAUGACCAUCACUUCAGGCAAAGGGUUAUUGAAAUGUGUGACAGGCUGAAACAAAAAAUUAAAGCAUUAGGUAACAGAAUCCAGCGAUAUAAUGAGCGAGUGAAAAGGUAUAAGAACAACCAACUCUAUUAUAAGAAUAAGCAAAAGUUUUUCUGCCAACUUGAGCAUGAAACAUCUGAUCAAGAUAACUCACCAGCAGAAGAAGCCAUGUAUGCCUUUUGGAAAAACAUAUGGGAAGAAGAAAAGGUACACGAUGAUGAAGCGCAUUGGAUUAGGGAAGCAGAAGCGGACUCCGCCAGGUAG